CUGAAACUACACGGUCACAUAUAAUCAAGUGAUUAGGUUUCGUUUUCCAAUAAAGUGGUGGAGCUUGUCACGCGAUAUUACAACACUUUGGGAACGUUACAUUACCGUUAUGUAGGCUACCGUCGUCAUCCAUCCGCGCAACAGCUCCUCACAAAAGCACCUGGAAUACGUAUAGUUUGGAUCAAAGGGUCUCUCAGAUUACGGCAAUAGAAAAUGACAGACUCUUCUGUGAUCAAAUGUAUCUGCAACAAUAAUGGGGCGGUGGAUUAUGGAGUUUUCGUCAAGUUUGGCCUGAGCCCAACGGAACAUUGUUCGGUUGUUACAGUUAAUGGAAACAAACGAGUUGUGGCUCAGACUAAAGUAAGACUUUGUAAAGCCAGAGACUGCACUGACUGCCGCAAUUUGCACCUGUGCAAAUUCUACCUUUAUGGAGACUGUAAGAGCAGCUUGUCACGGCGAGGGUGCCGCUUUUGCCAUGACAUGAACUCGGAGCACAACGUUCGAGUCCUGCGAGAUAACAAUCUGCAAGGACUGGACAGGAACCAACUCCGUACCCUGCUGCUUCAGAACGACAGCACCCUCUUACCACCGGUGUGCUUCUCGUACAACAAAGGCGAUGGGGCGUACGGAAACUGCCCAGACCAGGAGAGCUGCAGGCGGCUGCACAUCUGUGACCGCUACCUCAGAGGAGCCUGUCAGGCCGGGGCCAACUGCCGCAGGUCACAUGACUUCUUCGAGCCCCACCCACAGACAACCCUGCAGGAGAGAGGCGUGCCCAGCCAGCUGAUUGGCUCCAUGCUGUCCGUCUACCAGAACAUCCAGGCCUUGAAGAACAGUUACAACGGCGCAAACAGGAAUCAGCCAACACAUGCAGGCAACGUGAACAGCAGCAGAAGACAAGAAAAGACCGAGAUCUGUAUUUACUUUGUCAAGCAGGGCAGCUGCAGACAAGAAGACAGAUGCUGGAGAGAGCACUCCACCAUGCCAUAUAAAUGGGAGGUGAGAAAUGGAGACAGCUGGACGGCUCUCCCAGACAACGAAGAGAUCGAGAGAGACUUCUGCGACCCCAGCAAUGUGUACAGCCGAGGAGUCCAGCCCGUUUAUUUUGACACCAUGACCCGCGGGCCGGCCCAGGUCCGGCGUCUCUCCACGGUCUCCUCUUUGGUUCAGCCCACCUUCAUCCUCACCACCACCUGGGCCUGGUUCUGGCAGGAAGAGUACAACAAAUGGAUCCAGUACUCCUCAUCGGAAGGGCAGCACGGACUCUCCUCCAUCACGAGCGAGGACCUGGAGAGGCGGUACCAGGAGGACAGCCAUGCUGUGAUGGAGUUCACGGCGGGGCCGCACACCUACAAGCUCAGUUUCCCAGACAUGAUCCAGACAAACGAACGAUUCGGCACCAAACGGCAGGUGAGGAGACGGCCUGUGUUUGUCUCCACAGCGGAUGCUCAGAGAGCCAGGACCAAAAACAACAGGCCAGGUAAUAACUUCAAAGCGGUGCCGGGAUACUGGGACAAAUCCAUGUUGCCGGACACUGGAUACAAGACGAUCCCUCUGCAGGAAUCCUCAGAAGAAUACCAGAAGAUCCUGGCUCUUUUCCAGAAGACGAUGGGGGGACACAGCAUACACAAGGUCGAGAGGGUCCAGAACCGGGCAUUGUGGGAAGUCUUUCAGUGGCAGCAGGAUCUGAUGAGGAAAAACGACGCCGGGAGAAAUGUCGAUGAGAGACUGCUGUUCCACGGUACCGACUCUGUCCACGUCGAUGCCAUCUGCCAGCAGAACUUUGACUGGAGGCUCUGCGGAACUCACGGAACGGCCUACGGGAAAGGGAGUUACUUUGCUCGGGAUGCGAGGUACUCGCACAGCUACACCGGCGCCUCGGGAGUGAGGACCAUGUUUGUGUGCCGGGUGUUGGUCGGCUGCUACACGAGAGGAGACUCCAGCUACCUCCGCCCCCCUUCCAAAGAUGGCGGAAAGUCCGUGUUCUACGACAGCUGUGUAGACAACUUACACGACCCAUCCAUUUUUGUUGUUUUUGAAAAGCACCAGGUUUACCCCGAGUACAUCCUGAAGUACGGUGAAGAUAUGCGUCUUUCCUCCGCGGGAGCCAUGGGAACUGUGUCAUCUCUUGGCCUCAACUCAACUCGAUCAGCACACCGUGCCUCCACUGUACCUACCAUGAUCAAGCUGACUGCCAGAUGUCUGUACCCAAAACCUGUACAAGCUCCGCCCCCAGUCUCUGCCAGCUCUCUGUACCCAAAACCUGUACAAGCUCCGCCCCCAGUCUCUGCCAGCUCUCUGUUCCCAAAACCUCUAAAAGUUCCGCCCCCAGUCAGGCCCCGCUCUGUGACAUUCAAACAAGCACAAGCUCCGCCCCCUUUCACAACCUCUUCUGUGACCGCCAGAGUAAAAGAUCUGGGAGAAAUGUUUGACCCAUUCUGGGGCCUGUCCUCAGGGACGGCCAGCUCCCCUUCUGACUCCAACUGCCAUUAUUCCCGGACCCCAACCAGCGCAUCUUCGCCCACAUCGUUCCCUGGAGACGGGUAUUCACCAAGCGCAGCGACGGGAACGUCUUCUCAGAGUGGUUCCACCAGCGCUAUGGAUGGGUAUCUAAAUGAAGAUGCCUUCAGCUUUGAUGCCUUCAUCCGUAGCAGGCUCCACCCUAAGACCCGAAGUAAUUGCAGAUAUCUGUGGGAUCAGUGAUGAAUGGCUCUCUUUUAAUUUUCAUGUGAAUACUGACACCCCUUUUCCAUGCAAAAGCCAGAAUAUACACAGAUAGACCCGCGUUUUGACCCGUUCUCGAUGCUCCCGGGAAAGUCCCUGGUCCUUGUUUCACACCAGGCUUGUGACUUUCCCGGGUCGCCAAGUUUACUUCCGUUGGUCUACAGGUCCCUGCUGAACAAGGCUGUCCCCAAUGUCAUUAAAGAACCAGGCCUUAUGUUCCCACAAACUGAUCCGGAGGCCAUAUAAUUUGCGGAUGUUGGCGGACAGUUAUGUUUUCGUUUAUUUUGAAGAUUCUGGCUGAGGGUGUUUGGUCAGGCAAUCUUAUAUUUUGGACGAUUUGUUCGGUCACCCAAUGUAAGCUUAAUGCUUGCUCUUUUACAGUAUAAAAUCAUGUUCAAGCAUCUUUUGUUCAAGCCCAGGUGUAGUCACGAUAAUAUCUGCACAGCUGUUGCGCCCUUGAGCAAGGCCCUUAACCCCACAUUGCUCCAGGGGGGGAUGUCAGCCAAAUAACGUGCCAGGUAAUGUAGAAAUCACUGCCAAUACAGAGAGGAGUGGAGUCCUUCUGUUGUCCCGGACGUUGUUUACAAAAGCAGAAUGACAUUGACCUUAAGAUUAAGCCCGAUGUUGCGUUUCGCAUUAUUUUUUCUGUGACAACUCAACCCUGCAAAGAGAAAGAACUAACCAGCGAAAUGUUACACUCUUACGUUUGUUUGCGGUUUUUAAAGAAAAGUAGGCGAGCGUACAUGUCAAGUCAAAUGAAGAGUGUCCAGUGCAUCCGGAAAGUAUUCACAGCGCUUCACUUCUCCCACAUUUUGUUAUGUUACAGCCUUAUUCCAAAAUGGAAUAAAUUCAUUUUUUUCCUCAAAAUUCUACACACAACACCCCAUAAUGACAACAUGAAAGAAGUUUUUUUUUUUUUUUUUCUGAAAAUUUAUUAAAAAUAAAAAACUAAGAAAUCACAUGUACUUUCCGGAUGCACUGUAUAUGUGUAAAUAUUUCCUAUAAAGCAAUAAUUAUACAGGCUAAUAGACGGUUGAUCAAUGUUUGGUAGAACUCCUCGGAAAGCUCCUGAAGGUGGAACAUUCGGUCCCAAAAAUACAGAGGAUUCUCCCGAUUUUCAAUCCAAUCCAAUCCAGCCGUUGAAUCCGUGACCAUCGAUAUCCGGACCAGUGGGCCGCCGGGAACAUCGCACUCUCGCGCUGUGGCAGACAACGAGUCUUAUUGUCAAAGCACUCUGAGCUGCUUCCAUUGCACGAAAAGUGGUUUGUAAAAAAAGUUUAUUAUUAUUAUUAAUAUUUUGACAACAUUCUUUCUCCAAAAACGAGUAUUGGCGCCACACUCAGGGAAGAAAUAGAAUUUGCACACCAAUCCCAAAUUGAGGCAGGCAAGUUCUACUGUUAUUUGUUAAAUGAUUUUUUAAAAUGUAUUUUAAUAGACUCUGGCAUGGUGAAGUAAAACAUUCCAAAACAAAAUGCUAGCCAUUCAUACUAACGUCUUGGUAUGUGCUACACAGUAGCCUACGUACAUACAUAGUAUGUAGUAUGCUCAUAUUCUGUUUCGAACCGGCUAUGUACAGGAAAAAGUUUGGCUCACGGAAUUUGUGUGUGUCUGUCUGACGGGGGAGUUUUACAUUGUUUGUGUAGAGUAGCCUACUUCAUCAGUUUUAAUUUUCUGUUUGGCGAUGUAUUUUUGCUCACUGCAUGCUACGUGUUGUUUUGAUCGGAGAAAUUGCAAUAUUUAGGCUAUAUACGACUGUAAUUGUGUAAUAUUAUGCAAGUAAUUGAAAUAAAUUCCAUACUGUAACGAUAUAA